AUGAACCCUAACGAAGAAGAAGACGAAGAAUGGCUAGAAAAGGAGGAUCGAAUCAGCGAGCUUCCAGACCACAUCAUCCACGAUAUUCUCCGUUUUUUAUCCAUUAGAUCAGCCGCCCAAACUAAGAUCCUUUCACACCGUUGGAAGAAUGUUUUUUCUUCCAUUCCCGACCUCGAUUUCACAACCCUCACAGAUUCUCCGCUUUCAAAUCGUCCAACUUUAAUGAGAUACCAAAUGGGUUCCCGAUACCAAAUAGAACCUCCAACCCAUAUUAGAGACGUCAAUUUCAUCAACAGUGUUUUCUCUCUCCGCGACAACAAUUACUCCAUUAGAACUUUAAAAUUAAAAUCAUUCCAAUUAACUUCGACAGCCUUCAACUGCCUGAUCAAAUGCCCAAAAAUCAAUGAUAUAGAAGAGCUAGACGUGAACAUGAAGCAUGCAGAUUACUUCAAUAUACCGUGGAGCAUCAUCAAUUGUAAUUCUUUGAAGGUUUUAAGUUUAAAUAUCAUGUAUCGUAGAAUCAAACGCAAUCUCAAUCUUAUCCAACCAAUGAACGGAGAGUUCAAAUUCCUUAACAAGAUGAUCCUAUGUAACGUACCUUUUCUCAUUCUAUUCCAUAAUAAGUCCGACAUAUUCACCGAUUCGUCCUUUCCAAAUCUGAAGGAGUUGACAUUGAUAUCUUGUCGUCGCAUGAAAGAGCUUACCUUGAGAUGUAGUGGGCUGAAAGAUUUAGUCAUAAAGAAUUGUUUUUUCCUUAAUAAAUUGGAUAUCUAUGGACUAAAGUUAGAGAAAUUGAAGGUGGAAAAUUGUUUUCCUAAUAUUAACAACAGCAAUAAUGUUAAAAUUAUUGCUCCUAUAAUUAAGGUUUUGAAAUGGGUGGUUAUUCCUUCAAUUCAAAGCCCUAAGGUUUUGGAGAUAUCAGAUGUCUUAGAGAAGGCCGUCAUUGGUAUAUAUUCACCUCAACCCUCUGAAUACAUUAUAAAACCAGAAGAAAAACGCAAUUUAUCGAAUAUGAUAAUUGCUCUAUCUCGUGCCAAGUUUUUAAAGCUUAAAUAUCUAUCUAUUCAGUUGAACGGCGACCGAGACGGUGACGGCGAUGGCGACGGCGACCAUGAUGAUCAAGUUUUGAAAUCGAAUUCUUUUCUUAAUCAUCUAAGGACAGUUAAGCUGGUGGGGCUUUUAGAAUAUGACGAGGAUAUUGAUUUUGCAAAGUUCUUAAUCAAUAAUGGAAAAGUUCUAGAAGAAAUGGUAGUGUGCUUCGGAAAACAUAGUAAAAUAUCUUUGGCUCGUCAGGGAAUGAUCAAGUCUAUGAUUAUGCAAUGCUCUCCGGCAUCUUUUAAAGCUAGGAUUUUAUUUCACUGA